AUGGCCCCUCCUACUCCCACCUCUAACCCUUUCGCCGCCAUGAGGAACUUUGGUGGUAUGGUGUCGUCUGCUCUUUCCUUCGGCGACAGAUCUCGCCAAGUCUCCUCCCUCGGCCUCGGCACCCUCUCUUUGGGGGAGCCGUCUGGCGAUGUCCCGCCUCCUCGCUCCGCUUCUCCUCCCGCCGGUCCUCCCGCUGGUUCUCCCUCUGCUUCUCCUCCUCCUGGUUCUCGCUCUGCUUCCCCUCCUGCCGCCAGCCCUCGCCGCAGGACGCCCGCCUUUCGUCCUGACUUCGAAGGAAAAGGGGGUGAUUAUAGUGAUGAGGAUGAUAGAAUCGUGUCGGAGGGUGAAACCGAGUUAGAGGAACACUCGGAUGAUGAUAUGGUGGCGGUUAGUGUAGAGGACAACAACGUAGAUAGUCCUGAGCCCGCUCCUGCCCCUCCCCCUGCUCAAAUUGUGGGCCAGAAACGACGCCGUUCCCUCUCCUCUUCUUCUUCUUCCUCUUCUUCUUCUUCCUCUUCUUCUUCCUCUUCCGGGGUUCUCCCCCCCCCCAACGCCAUCGCCGCUGCCGCUGCUGCUGCCGCCGCCGCCGCCGCCGGUCCUGCUGCCGCCGCCCCCGUCGCUGCUCCCCCCCCUUCUCCCAGAGGGGAGCCUUCGCCCAAACGGGUGAAGAGAUCACUGCGGGAAGAAGAGUACUUGUGGGAGAAGAUGAAGUCCGAGCCUGGUCGUUGGAUCGCGGUUGGUGUUGACGAAGCGUGUGAUCGUUGCCGGCCCUCCGUUGUGCUUCAUGCACGUCUGGCCCCUGCUCCUUCUGUCCCGUUUCCUCUGCCCGGGACAUCCGACUCUUCGCCCUUCCCCCUUCCUCAGACUCCAGCGUCUGUCCCCCGCUCGCGGGUACCUCCUUCGUCUCUCCGGUCGGUUCUCCGGUCGGUUCGCCGUACUUCGCCGGACCUCCGCCCGUCGCCUCCGUCGCCGUCGCCCUUCGCCCCUGUGGCCGGCCCAUCACGUCUCCCGGCUGUUCCUCCUUCGUCUUCUCGCCGUCCUUCGGCCUCUGCUCCUUCGGCCUCCCGUCCUUCGGCCUCUCGUCCUUCGGCGCCACGUCCGUCCUCUCCAGUGGUAGCUUCUCCUCCGGCUCACAGCACCCGAAGUCGGCGUCCUUCUGUUCCUCUGGCCACUUCGGCGGCCCCUCCCGUCACCCCUCCCUCUGCUCCCCAGAAGACACCGAAGUCUUCUUUAAAGAAAUCAAAAGGGAAAUCUAAAGAGAAGGAGGUUGCCUUCAAUGAUGGUGAUGUGGAAGGUGAAGAUACUCAGCGUGCUGGUCCCUCUGCUCCCCGGUUGUCCCUCGUCCACCCUCGUAUCUCCCUGGACGUCCGUAUUCCUGAGGACGAAAAGGAAUUCGCCACUUAUCGUUCUCUCGUCCUCGGUCUCACUACUCAGCUUGAGGCUGCCCGAAAUGAUACAUCUCUCCUGCUUGACUUCUCUUCUCGUCAAGCUAACGCUUUAAACAAUCUUACUGCGGCGUUAGUAGAUGUAGUCAACACUGGGGCUCUGCACGACGAAGCAAGGACAAGGUUAGCGGACGUCUCUCGCCGAAGCCUUACUGAGAUAGCCGAUGUUCGCCGAAGACUGUUCGACACCCCCUUCCUAGUCACUCCUAUGGCGUAUGAGCCACCACCGUCCCUUGACUGGUUAGGUCGCCGUAGUAAUUCUCGUGUCCCAGCUUCCGCCCAGACUGCUCUCGACCUCCUCAGUCUUCCCUUCGAGUGUCUACGGACCAUACGUUCUCUGUGGAGGACCCCGAGCAUGCAAGCUGCUCGAGAUGUCCAGGACUUCGGUGACUUCUUUGGGGCUAUGAAUCGGGCAUGGAAUGCUUCUCUCUCUACUGCGUUCCCGUCUGAGACUCUCGAUCUACCUUCGGUCAUCGGUAGCCUCCACACCAAUCCCGCGGGACCGAGUAGAUCGAAGGAGAAAGGAAAAGGAAAAGGUAAGGGUAAGAGUAAGGACAACCCUUCGCAGUCGCCCUUCCUUCGGCUUAGUAGGGUGAAGUUCGUGGAACUUCGCCAAUAUGUCGUCAGCUCCAUCGACGUUCUCCACUGGUUCCCAUGA